UAAGAUCCUGGACAGGUUUCAUUUGAAACAAUUGUUUGAUAUCCACCGAACCACUUUCAGUUUCAUUGCUGUUAUAAGGUAGGGAAGAGGUAGUGGUGAACAAGUGUGGUGGAUUACACAAGUGCUUUAGAGAUUUGUGAAUCUUUGGAGACAGACUAAGAUGUUGGUGUAGCCAUUUUGUGUGAGGAUUAUUCAGCUCCAAAUGAUGAAAAUCUCUCUUGAUGACGUGACACGUUUCUGGCGGGAGGAGAGGGAUGAAGGUGCCAUCUACAAUGUCUUCCUUAAGCGGGUCACCUACCAUACCCUCUCUGAGAAUGAGAACAAGAGCACCAAUGAGUUUUCGCACCUGAUGUGGGAGACGCAGAAGUUCCGCGUGAUAAAGGCAGGCACUCUCGAGAAGCUGGUUGAGUACCUGUACAUCCGUGGAGAGAUGGACUCCUCAUACAUGAACGUGUUCCUGGCCACGUAUCGCACGUUCAGCAGCACAGAGGAGGUCCUAGCGCUCCUGUUGGACCGAUACAGGGCCGUAAAGACGAAUAAAGAGGUGAAGAAUGAACUGCAAGAUGUACAGCUCAGAACAAUAAAAUCAGUGCUCUCGGUCUGGAUCGAUACAUACCCUGAGGAUUUUCGCGAACCCCCAACCUACCCGAGCCUCAGGACUCUCGAAAGUUUCGCGUUCGAUCAUCUUCCGGACUCAGACAUGGCCAUACGCGUCAAACACAAGAUGGAACGGUUUAAGAAAGAGGAUCUCAGUAAAUCUGAAGGGAGGAUAGAGUUCCACUUCAAUCUGGUGGACGAAGUGGAUCACAUGAUAGCUGCAGAGUACCAUAAGCCUCUGUCCUUCUGUGAUAUUCCCAACCAGACUGUGGCUGAGCAACUCACAUACAGGGACGCUGAGCUGUUCAAGAGAGUGGUUCCUCACCAUUGUCUGGGUGCCGUCUGGGCCCGGCGAGCUCGUAAAGUCGGCAAGGGUAACACUGUAGCGGGUAGCGUGCUGGCUACUAUUGACCAGUUUAACCGUGUCUCCCUAAGGGUGAUAGCCACCAUACUUAAGAACCCAGACCUCAAGACCACCCACCGCAUGAAAAUACUCCAGAAGUGGAUCGAAAUUGCUCAGGAAAUGCGUCACUUGAAGAACUUUUCGUCCCUCAAGGCAAUAAUCUCAGGCCUGCAGGCCAACUCUGUGUACAGACUGAGGAAGGCCUGGGGACUCUUGCCCAAGGAGAGUAUUGCAGAGUUUGAGGAGCUGUCGAAGAUUUUUUCGAAUGAGAACAACCAGCUGGCCUCUCGAAAUCUCCUUAUGAAGGAGGCCACGGCCAAAUUCCCUGAUGUUGACUCGUCAAACAAAACAUUGCGGCGCCGAAACCAGAUGAAACGACAAUCAUGGAUUGAUAAUGGUGUGGUACAAGGCACUGUCCCCUAUCUCGGCACAUUUCUAACUGACCUAACCAUGAUUGACACAGCCCUUUCUGACCUCACUGACGGGCUCAUAAACUUUGAGAAACGUCGUAAAGAGUUUGAAGUUCUCGCCCAGAUUAAGUUAUUACAGUCGGCGUCGCAGAUCUACACGUUUAAGGAGAAUGAACAGUUCUGGGCGUGGUUCGAUGCUGUACGAGUCUAUGAUGAAAAUGAAAGCUAUGAGCUGUCCUGUGCCAUAGAGUUGCCUACAGAUAUUGGAACAAAAACAAAACGAAAACAAACCACAGGGUCAGGUGUUCGUCCUGGGAAGGCUGAUCAGAACCGCUUCUCGGUGUUCAUGUGUGGUGGUGUGAUCUACGACGACAAAGCUAGCAACACUAGCAGCUCUAACCUUGACUCACCUGUCUCACCUAACACAGCGAAAAUCCUGUUAAACUUAAAUAAAUCUCUUUGUUUGCAGAUGUCACACUCCUCCUCUACCUCGUCUCUCCAGUCUUGUGACAGUGAUAACUCGACUCCCUUCAAGUCCCCCGAUGCCUGUGUCAUCAAGGUCUCCAUAGAGGCUAGCCCCACCCCAAAAUCUCAUGUCUACAAAAGCAUCAUGCUGUACAACACUGACCACACCCACACAGUCAUACAGCGAGUGUUGGACAAAUACGAUAUCCGGGGGAAGGAGAAAGACUUCUGCCUGCUGCAAGUGCUACCUGACAGCGAGUUGUCGAUCCCAGAAAAAGUAAAUGUGUUUUAUGCCAUGAACAAUAAUGGAGAUUAUAAGUUUGUUUUGCGAACUAAAAAGGAGCAAGAAGCUCUCACACAGAGUAAAAAACGUGGCAGACGACGGCUCAAGUUGACGUUGUGAUAAAGUGUUGUGCUCUUGCGGAUUAUAAACAGCGUUAACAGCUUUCUUGUGUUCUUGUUGGGAAGAUUUUGUGUUUUAAUGUGUUGCUGAGUAUUUUAAACUUUUAUUAGUGCUCAAUAUUAUCCUAUUGUUUUGUUUAUUUAAUAGACAAAAAGGAAAGGAUUUUUUAGUCAUUAACUUUUAUUUUAUGUUCUUGAGUUUGAUAAAUGAGUUUCAGCUUUUCAUGCUUUUGUGUUGAAAUUACAGUGUCUAUAUUUAAUAGGCCAUUAUAAGUGUUCAGAUAAAAACUAUGCUACAAUACAAUAUUCAUGUAUUCAAGGCUAUAUCAACUUCAUAAUCAUGCUUUUAGUUAUUUUUGGGUAUGUUAAAUGACUGUUUACUUGAUAUCAAUUCACACUCACAAUUCACGAUAAGUUAUUGUAAUUUAUUGUACCGCAUGUGGGACACUGACCCUGUUAGGAGUCUUAACCGAUGAAGAACAAUGAUUGUAUAACAUAUCUUUAGAUGUUACAAAAAUGAUUGUUUGUUUCUGGUUUCCUGACAGACCUUAAAUUUUUUUACCCAACCCUUGUUAUUGCCAUCAAUUUUAUUUUUUCUGACCGUUAAAUUUAUGUUGUUAUGGUCUUAUCUAGUCAGCAAUUACUUGUGUUGUAAAUACAUGUUAUUAUAGAUUAUAUAUUUCUUUGAAGUUAACAAAGACUCAAACAAAAUGGCGAUGGCUCAAGAAUGAAAUUGGUAUUCAGACACUGCGUUACCUAACCAUGAAACAAAUCACGACCUUUCAAGCCUUCUAUUUUUGACAGUGAAAUCGGAAACAAACAAUAUAUUAGUUUGGCUUUUUUCAUAAAUUCAUUAUUUUAAGAUGAUGGUUGUUAAUAUAUUUGAGUAUUUACAGAGGUUGUUGUGCAAUUUUAUAAGAAAUGGUGCUGUCAGUUCCUCAUCAUACAAGCCCAUACUGAUUGCUCCAUGUAAAAAGUGUUUCACCUUCAUUUUAAAUUCAUGUGGAUUGAUUACCCUUGUUUUUAAGUCUUCAAAAUAUGAUUUUCCUGCUGCCAUCAAAAUACAUUGUGUUUUAAUUAGUAUGAAUACUCUUUGUUCAUAUAAUUUCAGGAUUUUAACUCGCAAGAUAUAACAGAACAAAAAAAAAGUGGGUUUUUUUUACCGUUUAGGUGGCCUUGACCUCUUAAAGGCUUGUACUAUUUCGACCACUAUUUAAUAAAAAAUGAAAUUAUAUUAUUGUUACAUAUGGACAAUGUAAAUGAGUAAUGUGGUAUUUACAAGAAUAUAUUUAUUUGUGCUCAGUCAAGCAUUUCUGACUUUUAACAAACUUUCCAAAUUUUUGAUAAACUGGUCAUGUUAUGUUUCAAUGGUCUAAAAGUAUUGGCCUCUGCAGCAUAUAGUCUCAUCAUACUGCCUGUUUUUUUCAUUUGUGUUCAUUUUACUUGUAUUAUUGAUGCACACAUGUCAUCAUGUCAUUAAACUGCUGGUCGGUAUUUGUCUUUCAUCAAAUACUAGCACAAGUUUUGGAUUGUUUAAUCCACAAAGUAUACAUGAUAGUAUAUUCUAGUCAAAAUGUAAAUAUCCAUGGUUAAUGAAGAUAACCAAAUGUUAAAGUAUCAUAGAGUUUUAGGUAAAGAGUUCAGGAAGGUUGCUGCACUCUGUCCUUUGCGGGUUGAACCGUUCUUUAAAUACACACAAAUUUAACAUAUCUGGGAGUUGAAACCUAAUAUUAUUUCUAUCAAUUGAACACAACAUCGAACACUUUCUGUCAAUUUAUAAUGUGGAAGUUUUUCCCAGCCUGUUUUUAAUGUGCCGUUUUCUCACUUAGUACCCUGUCCCUUUUCUGCAGCACCCUGUCCCUUAUCUGCAGCACCCUGUCCCUUUUCUGCAGCACCCUGUCCCUUUUCUGCAGCACCCUGUCCCUUAUCUGCAGCACCCUGUCCCUUAUCUGCAGCACCCUGUCCCUUUUCAGUAGCACCCUGUCCCUUAUCUGCAGCACCCUGUCCCUUUUCUGCAGCACCCUGCCCUUUAAAAAACCUUGUUAGAACCCUAGGUAUUGAUAUUAUUGUAGUAGCUUUUUGUUUAUUAUCCAAGUAGUGCUAAAAUCCAGAAAAUAUAUAUGCUGUGCAAAAUUUCAUACUGCAAAUUUAUUGAAGUAUUUAAAUGUCUUGUUGAUUUUGUUGUUAUAUGUAUGUAAAUGUUAGUGAAUUAUACCAAAUUGUGCAAUACAUUGAAAAAGGUUAUAUAUAUAAAGAUAGUUAUAGUUCAACAGUCAAUUGUAUAAACUUGGAUAAGAUUCCACAGGUUAUCUUUAGGCUAGUUUGCACAUUUAAAUGAUUUCAUUGGUUAAUAUUUAUUUUUGGAUAAAUAUUGACCAAUCAAUAAACCCUUUGGCCAACUUUAGCCAAUCUAAAGACUUAACCAGUUUUAUACUAUUGGCUGUUGAUGUUUACAUAUUUUAAUCUCGUAGUGUUACUAGAUAAGAACAAUCAACAUUGUCAUUACCAUGUUGUAUUUAAUUUAUAAACUGUAGUUAUUUUAACAUUGUUAGUCAAUAUAUUUAUUUUUAAUUCGUCUGUUUUUAGAAGAAAAAAAAGUGAGGUAUUUUCAUUGUUUGGGUUAAUGUUUUUGCACCAUGUAGGGGUUUCGGCACAGUCAUUAUGCAAAACUAAACAUCUGGCUUUAAGUUGGUACAAAUGUUGCCAGAGACAAUGCACACAUUUAAGUAUCAAGGCCCAUAACUUUGGCUUCAAUAAUUUGUCAAAUUAUGCCCCUUUUUUAAUGAAAUAACUGACGAGCAUUGCUUUUUGCCUAGUGGCUUUUUUGUUAAGCAUUCAUGUUAAAGGCAACUUAAAGCCAUUACAAGAUAGUUCAAAAUGGUCUACUGCCUGUCUCUUUUAACGUCAUACUGUAUCGUUAGGUUUUAAAAAGUUUGGGAAACUUUAUACUCUGUUUACUUUAUUGAAGAGGUAAACAAAUCAUGUUUACUUUAUUGAAGAGGUAAACAAAUCAAUUAGUCAAUAAAACUGGCUCUAUGUAGCAAGCAUUAGUGUCUUAUUUCAUAUAGCCAAAUUACUUACUUAGUCUUGAUAUUAAAAAAAACAAAAACAAAUAGUUUAUUGUAAUCAGCAUAAAGUACCCCAACCCUUAAAAGACAAAAACUUUUCAAAAUGAGAAUAUUACACACAAAAAAAUACUAGUGCUAAGCUUUAUCUCUUUAUAGUAGAUACAGGAUUGUUAGAGAAACUAGGGCCUGAACAAAAUAUCUUUACAUUGGCUUGUACAUUGUUCAAAGAAAAUAAGGCCUAGGUAUUGUUUUUGUAAUAGUCAUAUAAGAGGUUGUGGGUUUGAUUCCCACCAGGGUGAGAGUGGUCUAGUGGUAAAGGUGUCUGCCUCUCACCCAAUAGGUUGUGGGUUCCAUCGUCACCAAGGGACCGUUCUCAGGGCUUUAAAAAGGACUGGUUUCUGCAUAGUUUUAUAACCUGUCGGCUUUCUUCACAAUCAAGCUAAAAUAAAUUAACAAAAAAAAAAAUGUUUUAUAGUUGUUAACCAUUGCAAUUUGCAUAUUUGUAUACUCAUUCACUAAGGCUUAACUAUUUGUUAAGUGGUUCUUCUCAUGCUUUUCAAUUGAUCUUGUGCAGUAGGAAUGAUCAUGUGAUCUUGUGGAGAUGGAAUGAUCAUGUGAUCUUGUGCAGAUGGAAUGAUCAUGUGAUCUUGUGCAGAUGGAAUGAUCAUGUGAUCUUGUGCAGUAGGAAUGAUAAUGUGAUCUUGUGCAGUAGGAAUGAUCAUGUGAUCUUAUGCUAUAGGAAUGAUCGUGUGAUCUUGUGCAGUUGGUAUGAUCAUGUGAUCUAUUGCAGUAGGAAUGAUCAUGUGAUCUUAUGCUAUAGGAAUGAUCGUGUGAUCUUGGUAUGAUCAUGUGAUCUUAGGCUGUAGGAAUGAUCAUGUGAUCUUAUGCUAUAGGAAUGAUCGUGUGAUCUUGGUAUGAUCAUGUGAUCUUAGGCUGUAGGAAUGAUCAUGUGAUCUUAUGCUAUAAGAAUGAUCUUGUGCAGUUGGUAUGAUCAUGUGAUCUUCUGCUGUAGGAAUGACCAUGUGAUCUUCGGCUGUAGGAAUGACCAUGUGAUCUUAUGCUGUAGGAAUGAUCGUGUGAUCUUAUGCUAUAGGAAUGAUAUGUCCAAAUAUUUGCUUGAACAUUCAAGCACAUCAUAGGAAAAUGUGAUAAUAACUUUUAUUUUCAUCCCCUCAAAUACCUUUCAAUACCAGUUUAUAUACUCGUUUCAUAUUUAUAAUUGCUGAAAUCUUCUUAGAACUAGAACUUUUACAUUGCUGGUUGUAGUAUGUAUUGCAUAUGUUUGUAGUUUAUAUAAUUUGAAAUCCGCUGUAGUUUUGAAAAGAUAUCAAUAUAUUGCCAUCAAAAGUUGAUAUCAUUUAUAAAAUACUCAACUUUUACAGAAAUCGUUACACUUGUUACUUGUAUGGUUUCAGUUUAGUCUUAGGUGCUACCGUAUUUAUAAACAAAUUGUUCAGAAUUGAUUUUAGUUUUCUGUAUAAAUUAUUUUGAAAACAUUUGUUAUACAUGUAUAAAGAACUAAAAAUAUGAAAAUGUU